GAUGUAUUAAAUGUCCAUAAUGGCAAUGGUGUUUAAUAUCUUUCCACAGAUUUUUAUGAAAAUUUGAAGAUCCAUGGCAUUCCAGAUAACAUUACCGAUUUCACUUCCAAUUCCAGUUCCAAUUCCAGCAGUACCUAGAAAAACAGAUGCUCUAAUACAAUGCAUCUUAGAGAACAAGACACGGAGAUUUCAGAGAUUAUUAAGAGGAAAAGAUAUUAAUGGACUGUACCCUUCUGAAGACUGGAAAGAUGAUGUUACUCCAUUAACUGCAGCAGUUUUAUGCAGAAAUGAAGAAAUCUGCUCUUAUCUACUUGAAGAGUCGGCUGAUCCAAACAAACCCUCAACAAAUGGACUAACUCCUCUACAUUAUGCUGCAUUUACAAAUGGAGUUCCACUGACUAUUGUGAAAAGAUUACUUGCAGCAAAAGCUAACCCAAAUGGACAAGGAUUACAAAUGUUUACUCCACUGCAUUGUGCUGUUGAUUGUGACCGUGAAGACAUUGUGAAAGCACUUAUAGAGGCUGGAGCUUCACCUGAAAGGAACUAUGGGGUGAAUCAAGAGCUUGAUAAAAAAGUGGAGAGAAUGAUUCAUCAAUUAUCUUCACAGGGUGAAGUGUUUGAGAAAGUACAUCUGUUUUUCUCUCUUUCUUGUGCUGUACGAACAAAAACUCAGAUAGAAGUUUAUAGACUCUAUAAUGAAAUUUUUUUUCAAGAGGAUCCUUUCAAUCAUAUUAUUUUGUUUGAGGUGUAUUUUGGUGUCAUUGGUCAAGGUGCGGAGCAGUAUCGUCAGAGCGCCAUCAAGUUUUUAAAAGAUACAAAGAGUGCAGACAAAUACAUUGAAGGAGUCAUCAAACGCUUCCCAAAAAUACCUCCGGAAUACUGGCUGAAUCCACUAAACUGCUUAUAUGUUGCUUUAUGUAUCAGCAAAAGCAUCUUUCCUCAGAUAUUCAGUGAUCUUGUGUCUAUUCUAACAUACAGACUUCAGCACUCCGGAAAUGCACAAGGAGAAACAAUCAAUCAUCUGAUACUAAAGAUACUCAGUUUAAUGAUGCAUAAGACGUCCGAGCAGAAACGGGGACUCAGUCAUUCUGUCUAUGAGAAGUUGUGCAAAAGUCUAUUGCCUCUCACACGUCCUCAUUAUUCAAGUCUGAUUGGAGUUUGGACCUAUGGACUGUUUGCAUGCAUAUAUGAUAUUGCUCCUGAACUUGUAGCAUUGUGUGGAUUGUCACCCGUCCCAGAGAUGAUACUUAACACUGCAGAGAUAGAGAUGGAUGAAGUCAUGAAAAAAAAGCUGCAAAAGUUGGAUGAAUCACUGAGACAUCCAGCAGGUUCAAGUGCAGUGGAUAGUUUAUGUGAGGAGACAGCAUCUCUAUCAACAAGCAGAAAGAAGAAGAAAAAGAAAAAGAAGAAAAUCCAUCAAGAGGUGGGAUCACAAGAAAGUGAGCAGCAAAAUAAAGAGGAACCGUGUCCAGACACUGUAGUGACAUCCAUUGAGGAAUCAAAUUCAAGUGUGCAGCCGUUCACACAUCCUGAUGAGAACUCGAGAGAGUGGCGUCAAAUCAGCCGUCGUUGGAGGUCCAAGCUUGAGAAGCUAGCUAACAUUGAUAGUAGUAAUACCAAUAGGCUGGGAAACCUUACUCUUGUACUCACAGAUGAAUUUCGUAUCGCUAAGGGAAGUGAUGGAACAGAAGUUUUCCUUGGUUUGAGGGAUGACGGCACUGAGGUGGCUGUGAAACGAAUGAUUAAGUCUAAUUACCAAGUCCUCAGAAAUGAGGAGAAAUUUCUACGACUUUUUGAUAGUCCCUCCAUUGUGCGAUAUGUGGACUUUGCAAAGGAUAAGGAUUUUGGGUACCUUGUUCUUCAGCUUUGUGAGUACACACUGGAGGAAUAUAUCCAAGAUCAUUUACCAGAUGACAGCGCUGAGAGAUCUUUGGUUCUGAAGAAGCUGGUGAAGGAAGUUCUCUGCAGCUUACAGGUUUUACACGACCAGCAAACCAAAGUGCUCCAUCGAGAUAUCAAACCCCAGAAUGUCCUGAUUGAUACAAAAGGAAAAGCCAGAUUGGCUGAUUUUGGCAUAAGUCGUCGAUUGAACCUCAGCCAAACCACUUUACGAACAAGCAGUGCUGGAACUAGAUGCUGGAAGGCAAAAGAGACCUUAGAUGAGGAGGCCAACACUGGGUACAAGAGGAGCUCCGACAUUCAGGUUGCUGGGAUGUUAGUGUACUACAUUCUCUCUAGAGGACACCAUCCAUUUGGUAAAGGUCCACGUUGUGAAGUCAACAUUCUAGAAGGAAGAUGCUCACUGGAACAUCUGGAUAAUGAUGUAGCAAAGGAUCUCGUCGAGUGGAUGAUAAAUGAAGAUCCAAACAACAGACCAACUGUGGAGCAAACCCUCACACACCCCUUCUUCUGGACUGAUGAAAGGAGAGUGGAGUAUUUGAAAAAAAUGGGGAACCAGAAUGAGGCAGAGAACUGUCGUAAUGUCGAUGAGGAGGUCCUUCAAGCUGUUGAAAAAUACACAGAGGGGAAAAGCUUUUCUGAAUGGAAGACUAAAUUGCCGUCUGAUAUUGUCCAGAAACUGGAUGGUAAGAAGAAAGUCUAUCCUGAGAACACACUGGGCCUGCUGCGUUUUAUACGCAACCUGCACGAGCAUUAUCCAGAGGACGCGGAGAGCAUCAGCCUGAUGGCUUCAUUCCCUGAUCUGUUUGGGAGUGUGUUCAUGUUUGCAAAGAAGAGAGGAUGGAACUCCAGAGCGAGUCUGAAAAAGUUCUUCAGCUCAGUUCCACAGAUCUGAUUGUUGUACUUUUGAUAUAUUGUACAUUGAUUCUGCAUCAUGAAUGUAUUUCAUGAAUGAUUUUAAACAGUACCGCCGCUUCCUAUACGCAGAGUACACAGUUUGUGUAGGGCACCAUUUCCCAGGGGGGCACCACCCCAGUUGCUCAA